AUGAGGAAGAACUAGGGAGGGGACUAGAGCAUAGAAAAGAAAAGGGGAGCAGAUAAUGCAGAACUCAAAUGUCCUCUUUCUAUUUAAUUAACUGGUGUGGCAAGUUCUUAACCUGUUUACAGGGAAACAUUUUAAUUAAAAAAACAAAAUGAUACAAAAUAAACAAGGUAUACAUUAAAUGGACUGAAAACCGGCUAAUUGACAGGUCUCAACAUGCAAUUACAAAUAGGGAAUUAUCAAGCAGGUGAGUUUCUAGUGGGGUCCUGCCAAUCUCAGUUCUUGGGCCUAUGCUAUUUAACAUUUUUAUCAAUGACCUGGAAGAAAAUGUAAAAUCAUCGCUGAGAGAGUUUGCAGAUGAGACAGAUUGGGGGACGUGGUAAAUAAUGAAGAGAACAGGUCACUGAUACAGAGUGAUCUGGAUCACUUGGUAAACUGGGCACAAGCAAACUAUUGUGUUUUAAAACUCAAUAUUAAUGUGAAGUUAUACACCCUGGCUUACAUUCUUUGUUCCUUUCUUACAGGUUGGGGGACUCUAUCCUGGGAAGCAGUGACUGAAAAAUAAUGCAAUUCUUGAAUGUAACGGGUGGGGACUCUUACCUGGCAUGGCACUCCUGCACCAGCUGCAGCUCAGAGCCUGGCUGUGGACAGCACUGGUCCUCUAUGUGUUUGCUGGAUCCUGGAGGCAGACAGAUGGGCAACUUCACACGGAGGACCCUGCUGAUGUGAAUGUGUUUCAUAACAAGCUGGAGGAUGCCAACGUCAUGCUAGAGUUGCUCUGGGAAGGACUGGAGAUUGAGGCUAACGAGACAAUCAGGGUGCAGGAUGAGGAACUGGCCUCUCUGCGCACAGCAAAGCGAUUUCUCCAGAUCUUCCAGCACCAGGUUCCCAAGACAUCAGAAGGGAUCAAGAAGCAGCUGAAACAUCUUUCACAGGCAGAUGCCCCUCUGAGUCUAGUAGAGUUUGAUCAGCUUCUCUUCACCAGCGUUUACUGCGCUUAUCAGAUUCGCUCCAUUCAGGGCCUGGACAAAAAUCUCUGGAUCAGUUUCUUUUCUCAACUAGUUGAUGAAAUCCUCCAUGAUCUCUGCAAGGGAUUCUGCCCUGCAAAUUCCACUCUCUUGGCUUCCUGGCCCUGGAAGGAGAAGCCUUUUUAUUUAACCUUACUGAAAAAGUCAUAUCAUUCCAGCCUGGCCAUGACAAAGAGAGGCACUGAGUAAGGAGACUGACAUGACGAGAUUCAAUUGCAUUCUUGUUACUCUGAGUGCUGCCAGUCAUCCCAGAUUAUGCUGGUUACUGUGCAAAAGUGCCACCAUUCUUCCUCUUUUGCUUUCUGUAUUGUACUGGCAACAUUCUAGGUAUUUAUCCAACCAGGUAUUGUCCCAUCUUUAAACAUGAAACGAGGCCUGGGAUGUCUCCCUAGGAUCUCCAUAGAAGACACACUUCUGAGAUGCACUUCUGCCUUGAUCACUGAUGGCCAUUAGAGAUGCCACAGCACUUUUUCCAGAAGUCCAGGUAUUAGCCUGUGAUGGCUGAAUUCCAUCUCAGAUAAUUCCAUUUUGCCUCCCUAAAUUCCCCAUGGUUGCAGUUGGAUACAGUAUUUUUCCCAUACUACAGUAACUCACUGUACAGCAUAGCUGUGCUGUUCAUACAACUGCUGUGUUCCACUUUAUAAGUGGCUACACUCUGUGGUGAUUCAUACUAAGUUCUGACUCAUUUUAUCUGUCAUCCCAUACCAGGUGCCUGGAACAGUUUCCCAAGUAAUGUGCACCCAUUUCCUUCCAAAAACUCUUGAAAAUGUACUGAUUCCAUGAACCCUUCUGGUAUAGGUAUCAUUCCCCACUUUGUAUUAGUACAGAAUGGGUAUUUGCUUGUCUCUCAUCUACUAAACUUUUGAGGGCAAGGAUCCAGUUAUUUGUUCAGCAGAUUUUACCUCUUCUAGAGAGUCUUCUACAUCUGUGGUACUUUACAAAUAAAGUAAUUGGAACAGUA